AUGCACGCGAGGUCUCUCUCGCUAGCUCACUCCUAUGGCGGAACACCCGUGCCCUGGAGACUGCCGGGCUUGGUAUAUGCCGAUGAUAUUGUUCUAAUGGCUGACAAUGUGGGAGACCUGCAGCAUCUCGUCUCACUAUCAGCAAAUCACCUGAGCAAACUCGGAUUGCGCUUCAACGCCAAGAAAUCAGCGGUGCUGGUGUUCGCAGGCACGGACACAUCUGCGGUGGUGUCGCUGCCGGAGGGUGGGCAGAUUCCGUGGAGAGAUGAGUACAGGUACCUCGGUGCACAACUGAGCACAUCGAGCCAUGUCCUAGACAUCCACGAGGAAAACAUCCGUCAGACAUCACGCAAAGCGGCGAACGUGUUGCGCAAGCGAAGUCUCUGGGGCUGCAACCGCUUCCUGCUGGUCCGAAAAAUGUGGAAGUGUGUGCACGUCCCAUGCCUCUCGUUUGCCAAUGCUGUGCUGACCUUCCAGUCAGGAACUAGACAGUGA